UCUAAAGAAAAUAACAUAAGUCAGAAGGAAAAAUAACCAAAACAAAUUGCUGCAGAUUUUAUUUUACAAUAUGUAAGAAAAUCUACAAUCUCUUCGAGACAGUCAUAUUAAGGAAGCAGUCAUGUUUCAUGAGUCCUCAAAACUAUGAGACAAGAGAAUGUAGUAGAGUGAGGCCAGAAGUCCUUACUGGCUCAAAGAACUCCAGGGAAACUGGGAUAGAACAUUUUACAUUAUAAGUAGAACCCCGGGAGCCAGAGGUGAACACAAGUUUAUCUGCAGAGCUCCGCUGCAGGGCUGAGCUGGGUCUGGAAGAAAUGGAUGAGAGCCACUGGAUGAAAUUCACUAAUACUAGACAUCUGAGUCCUCUAGUAAUGUAUACAUAUCCCAUAUUGUCUGUUGUCAUCUUGUUCUUUUUCUUCUUUUAUAACCUACAUUUUAACUGGAGCGUCAGUGCUACUGUUUUGUUCUUUUGCUUGCUUCUAUCACUUCCCCUGUGGCUUGUCACCCUUACUGUGCCUUAUUCUCCAUUAUCUUUGAUUUAUUUUUUUUCACUUAGCCCUUCUUUUACUUAUGCUUGUCACAUAAAGUAUCUAAUCAAGGUUUUUAUUUUCCUUUGUAAUAAGAUUUGCACACUUGGUUCUGAGGCAUAUUAUCCAUUGCAUUUUCCUCAGAACAACAUACUUUGGCCUAAAUAAAUGUAUUUAAACUAUUUUUAAAACCAUUUCUUUUACAGAGGUUUGUGAAUGAACUUUGCUAAAUAUGGAUUCAGGUGGUGGAAGUCUUGGAUUGCACACAUCAGACUGUAGAAUGGCCCAUACCAUGAUUAUGCAGGAUUUUGUGGCUGGAAUGGCUGGUACUGCACAUAUCGAUGGAGACCAUAUUGUUGUUUCAGUUCCUGAGGCUGUAUUAGUUUCUGAUGUUGUCACAGAUGAUGGGAUAACCCUUGAUCAUGGCCUUGCAGCUGAAGUUGUCCAUGGGCCUGAUAUCAUCACUGAGACUGAUGUAGUAACAGAAGGUGUAAUUGUUCCUGAAGCUGUACUUGAAGCUGAUGUUGCUAUUGAAGAAGAUUUAGAGGAAGAUGAUAGUGAUCAUAUCUUGACUUCUGAGCUAAUUACAGAAACUGUUAGAGUACCUGAGCAGGUUUUUGUGGCUGACCUUGUUACUGGUCCUGAUGGACACUUAGAACAUGUGGUCCAAGAUUGUGUUUCAGGAGUUGACUCUCCCACAAUGGUAUCAGAGGAGGUUCUUGUAACUAAUUCGGAUACAGAAACUGUGAUUCAAGCAGCUGGUGGUGUUCCUGGUUCUUCAGUUACUAUUAAAACCGAAGAUGAUGAUGAUGAUGAUGAUGAUGAUGAUGAUGAUGAUGUCAAGAGCACUUCUGAAGACUACUUAAUGAUAUCUUUGGAUGAUGUUGGGGAAAAAUUAGAGCAUAUGGGGAACACACCAUUAAAAAUCGGAGGUGAUGGUUCACAAGAAGAUGUUAAAGAAGAUGCAUUUGGUUCAGAAGUAAUUAAAGUGUAUAUAUUUAAAGCUGAGGCUGAAGAUGAUGUUGAAAUAGGUGGAACAGAAAUUGUCACAGAGAGUGAGUACACCAAUGGACAUUCCGUAGCUGGAGUGCUUGACCAGAGCCGAAUGCAGCGGGAGAAGAUGGUUUACAUGGCAGUUAAAGAUUCUUCUCAAGAAGAAGAUGAUAUUAGUUGCGCUGAAAUAGCAGAUGAAGUUUACAUGGAAGUCAUUGUAGGGGAAGAGGAAGGAACUUCUCUCCCUGAGACUCAGCUUGAGGACUCUGAUGUUAAUAAAACAAUUGUCCCUGUUGUCUGGGCUGCGGCAUAUGUGCGUGAAAUUAUUUCUAAUCUAUGGGAGAGGAAGAACUCAACAAAAAAAAAUUUUAAUCCAAGGAACAGUGGUCAAAGAGAUGAAAGAAGAGUUACCCGGAGGUAUGAAGAUUGUCAAGCAUCAGGAAAUGCCUUGGACUCAACAUUAGAGAGCAGAAGUAGUACAGCAGCACAGUACCUUCAAAUUUGUGAUAGCAUUAAUACAAAUAAAGUACUUAAACAAAAAGCCAAGAAGAGGAGAAGGGGAGAAACGAGGCAGUGGCAAACAGCUGUUAUAAUAGGCCCUGAUGGACAGCCCCUGACAGUAUACCCUUGCCAUAUUUGCACAAAAAAGUUUAAAUCCAGGGGAUUCUUGAAAAGACACAUGAAGAAUCAUCCUGAUCACUUGAUGAGAAAAAAAUAUCAGUGUACAGAUUGUGACUUUACAACUAACAAGAAAGUAAGUUUCCAUAACCACUUGGAAAGCCAUAAGCUUAUAAACAAAGUUGACAAAACCCAUGAAUUUACAGAAUACACACGAAGAUACAGAGAGGCUAGUCCACUGAGUUCAAAUAAACUUAUAUUAAGAGACAAGGAGCCGAAGAUGCACAAGUGCAAAUACUGUGACUAUGAAACUGCAGAACAAGGACUAUUAAACAGACAUUUACUGGCUGUUCACAGCAAGAAUUUUCCUCAUGUUUGUGUUGAGUGUGGGAAGGGCUUUCGACAUCCCUCUGAACUCAAGAAACAUAUGAGAACCCAUACUGGUGAAAAGCCAUAUCAGUGUCAGUAUUGUGUCUUCAGAUGUGCAGAUCAGUCAAAUCUGAAAACUCACAUUAAGUCUAAGCAUGGUAGCAGUUUACCAUAUAAAUGUGAGCAUUGUCCUCAAGCAUUUGGUGAUGAGAGGGAGCUUCAACGCCAUCUGGAUUUGUUUCAAGGACAUAAGACACACCAGUGUCCUCAUUGUGACCAUAAGAGCACCAACUCAAGUGACCUUAAGCGGCACAUCAUAUCUGUCCAUACUAAGGAUUUUCCUCACAAAUGUGAGGUCUGUGAAAAAGGUUUCCAUCGUCCUUCUGAGCUCAAAAAGCAUAGCGAUAUCCAUAAGGGUAGAAAGAUUCAUCAGUGUAGGCACUGUGACUUUAAAACAUCAGAUCCGUUUAUUCUUAGUGGUCAUAUCCUUUCAGUUCACACAAAGGAUCAGUCAUUGAAGUGUAAAAGGUGCAAGAGAGGGUUCAGACAACAAAAUGAGCUCAAAAAACAUAUGAAGACCCACACUGGAAGGAAGAUUUAUCAAUGUGAGUAUUGUGAAUAUAGCACUACAGAUGCAUCUGGCUUUAAACGACAUGUGAUAUCAAUACAUACAAAAGACUACCCACACAGGUGUGAAUUCUGCAAGAAGGGAUUCCGAAGACCAUCAGAAAAAAAUCAGCAUAUUAUGAGGCACCACAAAGAGGCUCUUAUGUAAUAAGAUCAAUAUAAAGAAGGAAGCUAUUUCAAGAAUAUGAUAUGCUACAUGGGAGGAAAAUUUCAUGAACUGUUUCAUGUAGUUCCAAAGCUUGAUAGUAAAUCAUAACUUUACAUUCUUUGUAUUAGAGAUCUUGAAAUAUUUGAAUUGACAGGGGAUCUUGUAGCCCUUUGAAAAUUAGUUAAAGAAUUUAAGAAGCACCAUAGAACGGUUGCAGAAAAACUCUUAAGUGUCUAUUUAAUAGUAUUAUAUGUAUAAUUAAACUACAGAAGGGAAAAGCAAAGACAAUGACUUUAUUUGGCUGAUCACACUAGAGAUCAAUGUUUCUGAAGAAAUCAUAAUCAAUUGAGUUUAGCAGUGCUUUGCUGUGGCAAGCAAGUCUCACUUUUAUGUGAUUUUCGAAAUGAGGUGGGGCAAUAAAAUGCAGUCAUCCUUCAGUCACUUAGUCAUUGAUCCUUUUUUAUGGUAUCUGAAAAUUGAAUUCCAGAAAUGGCAAAAGUUUUGUGUAUUCAUUAAAAGAAAUGUCACUGAAAAACAGCUUAUAUUAAUUCAAUGCUAUUAAAAAGAAUUUCAGACCUGCUAAGAUUUUAUCACAGGAUAGGAUGUUUAAAAUACAGCAUUCUUUGCUGAAGUCUAAGGUGAAGUCUGAGAUGAAAGCUCCCUUUUUUCUGAUGUUCAAGUUGAUUUUUCAGUAUGGCAUAUAUGACAAAAGUAUUUUGAGUCAAAUGUGGCUUUCUAAAACAGAUGCAGCAGUAGUGUUGCAAAUAAAGUUAGCACUAUAUUUCUUAAUGAUCUUAAGAUUAAAUUGAGAGAACACAGUUUUCUUAAAAAACAAUGUUUAGAAGUUUCUUUUUAGGUCAGUCUCAGCAAGUAGGGUUGGUUUAGUCUUACUUGCUCUAAUAUUUCAAGGUGCAAUUUUAUGCCAUUAUUGAAAAUUUUGAUUUUUAAAAUCUAUAUACCAUAUUAUUAACAUGCAUUUUCAACGUGAGGUAGCAUAUAUGCAGUAUUUAACAAAACACUGUGUUGCCAAUAGAGUUUGGAGGUGGAUAUUCAGUUUACAGUGUAUAAAUUUAAAAUAUGCAUCCUUUUAACAACGCUUUGUGUUAGCAUGCUGCAAAUCAAAAUGGCGCUUAAUAUAAAAAGCUGGUUUAGGGAAAUUUUAAUGAAAAUCUUGUUCAUAAAUGUAAUGCAUAUGAUGUGUACUUUUAAGUUAUAGUUGCUUCAUGUUUACACUCAGCUGUUCAACAUAAUUAAAAUGUAAUUUUACUUUAUGCUAUAUUGUGGCUUUGUGUUUGAAAUAAUGUUCACCUUUCUGUUUCUGCACCAGAUGAGAAUCUGUUCCUUGAGAAUAAAUUUUUUUAUCUUUCUUCACUUCAGAAUAUUAAAUUUGGAAAAUUUAAAAUAGUGUGUUAUGUGGCUGUAAAUGAUGUACACGCUGUAAAAUAAGAUUGUCGUUGUUAUGUGGGAUUAUUAUUUCUAAAUGUUACUCAUUGAAAUGAGCAUACAAUAAAAAGCAUUUAUUGCA